UAUUCGAUAUAUCUUCGUAAAUACAAAGUCUGUUCAUCUGUCGUGGAAAUUAUAUAAAAUUUUAAACAGGCUUGCAUUUCGCAGUUUUUUUCAAAAUGAACAAGAAAAAGGUUCUUCUCAUGGGGAAAAGUGGGUCGGGAAAGACUAGUAUGCGAUCUAUUAUCUUUGCGAACUAUAUCGCCCGCGAUACAAGACGUUUGGGGGCUACAAUUGAUGUAGAGCACUCACAUGUCAGAUUUCUUGGAAAUUUGGUAUUGAAUUUAUGGGACUGUGGUGGGCAAGAGGCAUUUAUGGAGAACUACUUUGACAGUCAGAGAGACAACAUAUUUCAAAAUGUCCAAGUUCUUAUAUAUGUUUUCGAUGUGGAGAGCCGUGAACUGGAAAAGGACAUGCACUACUAUCAAUCAUGCCUAGAAGCAAUCCUUCAUAAUUCACCGAAUGCUAAGAUAUUUUGCCUCAUUCAUAAAAUGGACUUGGUACCUGAUGAUCAACGAGAUGAGAUUUUCAACGAACGCCAAGAUGAUUUAAAACGAUUGUCCAAACCAUUAGAAUGCACAUGUUUUAGAACGUCAAUCUGGGAUGAAACUCUAUAUAAGGCGUGGUCGUCCAUCGUAUACCAACUGAUUCCUAAUGUUACCGAACUAGAAGACAAUUUAAGUAAAUUUGCUGAUAUUAUCGAUGGUGACGAAGUUCUCUUGUUCGAACGCGCAACAUUUUUAGUCAUAUCUCAUUGUCAGAGAAAAGAGCAUAAAGAUGUUCAUCGAUUUGAAAAAAUUAGUAAUAUAAUAAAGCAGUUCAAACUAAGUUGCAGUAAACUCCACGCUCAUUUCCAGAGUAUGGAAGUUCGUAAUUCUGGUUUUGCGGCGUUUAUCGACGUCUUCACAGCCAAUACAUAUGUGAUGGUCAUUAUGUCCGAUUCCACUAUAUCAUCAGCCGCAACGUUGAUCAACAUUCAUAACGCCAGACGACACUUUGAAAAAUUGGAGAAGAAACCUGCCAGCAGCUAGCACGUAGAAAGCAAUACCAUCGACGAAUUAUUUUGAAUUGUUUAAGGCGAAUAGCAAUAAAAAAUAUUUUCGACAAUUAUUGGAAGCACAGUUGAGUAAGGUUACAAAGUCCUCUUAUGUACAUAUAAUUUUCACAUUAACUUUCUAAUUUAU